CAAAUAGUGAACCACAAGGGGAACCUGUCCUUGUAUUAUAUACCUGAUUCAGGUAUAUAAUUUAUAAAAUAAGCAUAUAAUCCGAAUAGACAUAGAGCCGUCGUCCAGUGCUAGUGCAGUAUAGUAUAGUGGUUUUUGACAUUGGACGUCUCAACAAUUACAAAGAUGUCCAGUAAAGCUUCAUGCGAUCAAAGCCUAGGUGUUGUCAAUUCCAUGCCUGACGCUCUGCAUCAAGACUCAUCUGCCAAUCGUAUACAUCACAAUGCCCAUCCUGCUAUACUCUUGGAGGGGUUGAACACACUACGCAAUGAGGAGAGCUUAACGGAUAUAUCCCUUGUGACUGAGGAUGGGCAACAGAUUGCCUGUCACCGUGUGGUUCUUGCUGCUUCUAUCCCCUACUUCAAGGCCAUGUUUACCAGCGGCAUGCAAGAGACCAAAUCCCAGCAAGUUCGCAUGCAAGGUAUCGCUGGGUCUACUCUGAGGUUAAUUGUUAACUACUGCUACACAGGCUCCUUCAUUAUCACAGAAAAUAACGUGGAAGAAGUUGCAAAUGCUUCAAACAUACUUCAGUUUGAGUCACUAGAGGAAGAAUGUGCCCGAUUCUUGGGUAGUCGUCUCAACGCCACAAAUAGUCUGGAAACAGAAAUGGUUGGUCAGCGGCUCUUUAAUCGGCAGCUGAGUUCACAAGCUCAUGACUAUUCGGUUGGGAACUUUACCGAUGUGACUUUCUCUCAGGAGUUCUUGGAGUUUUCCGAGGAGCAGGUAGAUGACUUCAUCUCAGAGAAUCUAUACAUAGAUUUGGAAGAGGAGGUGUACUAUGCCGUCAUGAGAUGGGUUAAGCAUGACUGGGAGAACCGCAACAGUUACCUCUCAACCUUGUUUACGAAAGUCUUUUUUGAACUGAUGGACAACAACUUCUUGCUGGAAAUUGCAGCACAAGAGGCCUUACUGCAUGUACGAGAAGCGGAAGAUUGCUUAAAGAUCGUUAAGAAAGCACUUUCAUUUCACAAGGCACACGCUGACUCAAUGUUUCUACCAAACAGCCAAUCCCACCUGUCCGCUAAAGUUCACACAAUGAGGAAUUUUUCAGAAGUCAUGAUUCUCAUCGGAGAGUUCCGAAAUCAAGCUGAGGGUCUGAAUCCAAAAUCCAGCAAUCUUCUUCUGUACAACCCUAAGAGUUGUAAAUGGGAGGAGUUACCCCAGUCCCCUUUUGACGGUAGUUGGGAAUUCUCCACAUCAGCCACAAACAUCAAUAAUGAUGUUUUGGUAUUGACCAGUCGCCAUCGAGCGUGGCUGUACAUAACUUGCGAGAAGAAGUGGUCAUUGUUGACCAAUCGAAUGGAACACCGUAACGGUGAAUGUCUGGUGACUCAUGAGAACCAGGCUUUUGUCCUUGGUGGUAUGACGCCGGUUGCAGGUACCGUUAUGACCAGCGUUCAGUAUUUUCAAGCAGUCACUAAGCAGUGGUUAGAUGUUUCACCUAUGAUCAGCGGUCUAACUCGCACCUCUGCGGUAGACUGUCUGGAUAAGAUCUAUAUUAUAGGAAGCACCGGAUCGCGUUUGAUCUCCGAGAUGUUCUGUUACUCCUUUCACUCCGAUGAAUGGGUCAAAUGUUUGCCGCUGUCGCAGCGAUUAAUCAACCCAAAGAUGGUUGCUGUUAAGGGUUGCUUGUAUGUCCUGGGUCAUCUGGAUGACUUCACCAUGGCUAUGCUCAAAUAUGAUGUCAUUGCCGCAACGUGGAGUAACACAGAGGCUCCAUUAGUGGCAAGGAAGGGUGCCUCGGUCAGCGUUUGCAACAACAAAAUCUACCUCUUUGGCGGCAAGGUGGAGAGUAACGAUUACCAACAGGCAUACGAGUUUACGAUCGAGUGUUACAACCCGGAAACUGAAAUUUGGAGUAUCCAUGAUACAUCGCCUUGGUUACUGAAUGGAGAGCAGACGGUCACCGUAUUAAACCCUUCGUUCCCGCCUGCGUUACAUUUUGGCCCCAAGAAACACUGAAUGUUUCAGGCAUGACACUUAACAGCUGAAAAGCUGAUGUCCUCUUCUUUUUUGGAAGUACAAAGAAAAUCAAAUAUUGUACACAGCUUGUUUGACAAGAUUUGUGUAAAAAUAAUUACUGAAUAUACAUGAUAAUGUAAAAAAAAACCUUAAUUUGUGUGUAUUUUCAUUUUAUUUUUACUUUUUUACAAUACAAAAAUCUCCAAAUUACUUGUCACUAAUAACUGUUUGUCAGAUGGAUAAAUUAGGAAUAAAAUAAAUAAAAAAAACUGGAUGUAUGAUUCAAUGGCACGUUUUCCCUUAACAAACUUUAGUCUGCAAAGUUCCCACCCAAAUGUGUUGUCUUUUACCCAAGGAACAUUAAUGCAUAUAUUCAUAUCCUGUUUUAUAGUGAUUUACAGUACUUUACAGACCUUGUCAGUACAUUGUAUUCAGCGCUGGUUGAUACCAGCAUUAGAGCAAGGAAACUAGGUUGAAAGCAAAGGGAGAAAAGUGGGUCUCAACCAUGAAUUUAUGGUGUACUCGUUUCUGUUUCUACAAAUAUCUUAGUUCAAAGCAACAGUACGGAAUUGGUUUUUGCUAACAAAACUUUUAAAAACAUACGUACAUUGUACAUUCUAAUCCAUGAAUCUACACUUUCUUGUCCAUUCUCCUUAUCGUAUUAAAAUCUCUUAUUUCUCAUUUUCACCACUUCCUAUAGAAGUGUUUGUUUUUUUGGCAACUGGUACGUGUAUAUUCAGACACACCUACAUGUAUGUUCCAAAAACCCUAUGUUCAUUCAUUCACUCAUUCAUUUAUUAGAAAUCACAUGGCAACCAAACGCUUAAUUGAUUGAUAAUUGUUAGCAUAAAAACUAACUUGGAAACAAGCAACAUGGAGAGGUGUUGGUAGUAUAAAACAUUGUAGGACGGCUCCAUCUGAAGCAACGUAGUUUGUGAGAAA